ACUCUCUCCUAACGGGGCGUCCCAGAGGGGCUCGCGGCGCCCGACACAAGCCCGCCUCCCCUCGCGGCACUUCCGGACCCCGGCGUCGCCCUUUUAAGAGGCAGCCCCCAGCAGCGCUCCCCCCGCCCUCUGUGGCCGGCGCGCGAGGUGGGGGAGCCGGGCUGUAGAGGAGCGCGCCGUCCGCGCCGCCACUGGAGACCGGGCAGCCGGCGGCCGGGCAGGCGACGGCGGCAGCGGAUGGGGACGCGGAGCCGAGCGGCUGUGGCGGCUGUGGCUGUGGCGGCGGCGGGGAAGCAGCUGACGGGCCGGCGGCGGCGGCGGCGCUGGCGGCAGUGACUGGUCCAGGCCCCGGCGGCGGCUGCAGCGACGCGGUGGAGGGCUGCGGGCGGGCGGCGUGAGGAGCGGCGGAGGAGCGCGGAGCUGCCGGGAGCCGAGGGCGCUGGGCCGCCCCUUGUCCAGUCCUCGCAGGCCGCCAGGCCCCCUCCAGCCGGGGCCGUGGAGCACCGGGGCAAAGGCCGGGGCCCCCCCAUGAAGGAGCGCGACGCGGCCCCGGCCGAGCGGGGCAAGCCGGCCACCUACACCGGGGACAAGAAGGCGAAGAUGGCGGCCAAGACCAACAAGAAGUGGGUCCGGCUCGCCACCGUGUUUGCCUACGUGCUCUCCGUGUCGCUGGCCGCCAUCGUGCUCGCCGUCUACUACAGCCUCAUCUGGCAGCCGGUGGGCGCCGGGACCUCGGGGGGAGCCGCCGGCCCGCCCCCCAGCGGCUCCAACGCCACCGGCCCGUCCGGGACUUCGGGGGCGGCGGCCGGGCCCAAUGCCACGGGGUCAUCCCGCCGCGAGGCUCCGCGCGACGCGCCCCCGCUGCAGGCGGCGCGGCCCAUGCCUCCGGAGCCCUCUGCAGACAGUCCCCUGGCCGGGCCGCUGGAGCGGCCGCAGGGACCGCAGGAGGACGAGGAGGAAGCAGCGGCGGCGCCCGGGAGUCGUUGAACCCCUCCGCUCCAGGGGCGGCCGGGAACCAUUCUCCCCUCCCCACGCCCGGAGGCAAGACUUUGCAGCAGGACGGGGCGGGGAGCCCGCGGGAGCGACCCCCACGGGAGUGAACGCCCUCUCUCCCCGCAAAGAUCGCCAGCUAGCCCCGGGAGCCAGGGGCCUGCAGUCGGAUCUUCAAGCCGAGGGACCACGAUUCGCCGGGGGCUCGGGGUUUGGUCUUCCCAGGACCGUGCUGCGCCAGGGCUCUGAGCCAUAAAGGGAAUGGGGGGAGGGGUGGGGAGAUCCCAGCUCUGAACCCUUUUUCGCCGCUAGCUCUUGUGUAUCCUAUAUGCAGGGGUGACUCGGGCUUUCCCCCAAGACUCAGGGGAAGGAGGGAGCUGUAGGGGCUCUUCUUUAAUAAGCUGAAGCUCUCGCAAGGAGGAGGGCACCAAAAGUAGUGGAGCUCAGGUACGUCAACCUAGUUGCAGUGGCCACAGAUGCAUUUAAUUUAUAGAUCCCUGUAUAUAGUUGUUGACAUAUGCACUAGAAGCUAUAAUUACACAGAACUAUAUGUAUCCUCCCACAACCCUGGGUAGCUUCCGACUGAUGGGGUCAUGCAAGGGCUAUUUGCUGGCCCCCAAAGUGCAGCUAGCCAGAAGGGCACAAACACUGGUGGUUUUUUUUCAAUCACCCACUCUUUCCCCUUUCCCCUCUCCUAUUUCAGAAAGAUAGGUUUAUGACCCAAAAGAGUAUAAUCAUUCUUAGGCUUGAAAGGACAGUGGAAAACCUUAGAAGAAGUAGAAGCAGUUUAGGGAGGCUGGAGAAGGAACUAACCCCCUCCUCUUCCCACCCUAGUGCCCCCACGGAAGAGGCUUCCUGUUGCAGCCCUAAGUAUCUGGAUACAGGCCAGGGAAGAAGGAAGGGAAAGAGCAAUGCCUCUGUGCUUCAAUCCUUGGCCUUCUCACAGAGUUCUUUUAGGAAGAGCAAGCUUUUGAGAACAUCUGGGAAUCCAGUCCCCUGUCCCCAUCCCUGCAUUCUGGACUGUUUAAUCCACUUUGGGAUGGAUCAAAGAGUCUAGCGAGACCACUCGUAGGCCCAGCUGCUGGCCUCCUGACUCUAAAGCCUUCACUGGAAUUGGGACAUUAGCUCCAGCUCUAGCUGUGAACAUGACCAGAGACAUUAUUUAUAAUUCAGCCAUUUAAGAUAUACCUGUACUCAAAAAGUCCUGUAUAUUUUUUAAAAGUUUUAUUUUUCAGGUGAACAAAAAUACAUUCUAAGAACUCUA